AUGGUUUCCUUCAGUCUCUUAGGGUUUCUUGAGGAAUGUGACAAGGAUACUUCAGCAGGAAUCUGUUCAGCCUUCCCACUGGAGCAGGAGGCCGUAAUACACACCGAUCAUCGGAACGCAAUUCUCUCAGCGAGCGUGCGAGAAGCGUCUUCAUGUAAUCGGAAGACGCUAGACGCUAGAGCCCUAGCAGCCUACAUGGAGAGAAAGCCAGAUUAUCCAUCUACUAUAUGUGCAUGA